CUACUAUAUAAACCCUAGUUAGCUAAUACCAACUGCAACCAACACAGUGAAGUCAUUGCCGGUAUCCUUCCAUCCCCUCAUAGCUUAGAAAGCCCGACCUUCGAUAAUGGCCCUGGUACCUCACAAUAAGGCUGUCAACCCAACAAGCAGAGGAGCCGGCCAUAAUCGCCCUCCUCUGCUUAAACAAGGGCGUGACAGACAUCGUCAAUUUUCGACAACAGCAGAUGACAGUGCGUUGGUCAACCAAAUUAUGCUGACUGAUAAGUCUCAUGACCAUCCCUACGAAGUGCCUCCUCUUGCAGUCACGCAAAUUCUUCAAACCAUUGAGGCCAUUCUUUCGCGCGUCACCAAACCUGAAAUCCAUGAUGGCAUUCUAGUCCCGGGAGCAUUAGCACCGGCAGCUACACACGUGGAUGCUUUGGAGCAUGAGAAGACCCUUCAUGCUAACCUGAGUACCCUCCACGACAGCGUUGAUGUUCCACGCAGCGUGUUCAAUGCAAUUCACUCCAAGUUAAUGUGCACAUUUGUGCAAGGGGAAGAUGCAAACAAGACAACAAUGGACAUACUAGACAUUGUGCAACACUACGAUUGGGAUGAAAAGGUGGUGCUUGCCUUGGGAGCAUUUGCGAUCAAAGAUGGCGAGUUUUGGCUCGUGGCUCAGCAAUACACCACCAACCCACUCGCCAGAGCGGUUGGACAGCUUAAGCAACUGCAAGAGAUCUUGGAACGUGCGGGGACUAGUUUGAAAACGAAGUUCGAUGCAUACAACAGUCUGGUUAGGGCCAUUUUCAAAGUGACCAAGACCAUUGUUCACUUACAGGAGAUUCACAACGAUCCCCAAUUAAGCCCCGAAAUCAAAGCUACAGCUGCCACUGCUCAGACCCCCACAGCAGUUUACUGGACAAUUCGGGCUAUUGUAGUUGCUGCAUCACAACUUCUGGGAAUCACAGGCUCAGAGCCAGAGUACGUGACAGAGGCGUGGGAACUAUCAUCUCUGGCCCAUAAGCUCGAAAACAUAUUCGAUCACCUUGAAGAUAUCCUCGACAGAUUACAUCAACUUAUCUGGAAGAACAAAGAAGAGGAAGCUUUCAACACAAUCGCGCGCAUCUUGGAAACACCACACAUGGAUAACUCGAAGCCUCUGAGGGUUUUGUUUUACAAGGAUGAUCAGCCUGCACUAUAUGACGGCUACAACAAGAAGAGGGUUGACAUUGAUGUGCUGAAGAGGAAAGUAGUGAUUCUGUUCAUCACAGACCUAGACGUUGUCCACGAAAACGAGUACAUUAUUGUCCUACAAAUGUACUCGGAAAAGCUACAAAACCCUACAAGGCCGGAGAGCCAAUACGAGGUUGUGUGGGUUCCAAUUACGGAUGCAUGGACUGAAGCCAAGUACAAGCAAUUCGAGAGUCUAAAAGAUAGCAUGCAAUGGCACACCGUGUUCCUCCCUUCUGUAGUGUCUCCGAUUGUGGUCAGGUACAUCAGGGACCCGAGGAAGUGGAAUUUUGCCAAGAAGCCUCUGCUUGUUGUGAUGGAUCCUCAAGGCAAAAUUGUGCACCAGAAUGCUGUUCACAUGAUGUGCAUUUGGGGAAGCAUUGCCUUCCCUUUCACUAACCAGAGAGAGAGAUUGCUUUGGGAAGAAGAAACCUGGAGGAUCGAGCUUUUGGCUGAUGCCAUUGAUCCGAACUUAAGUACUUGGAUUACGGAAAAGAAGUACAUUUGCUUGUAUGGCGGAGAAGACAUAGAGUGGAUCCGAAACUUCACGAAGGCUGCAAGAAACGUGGCUGUUGAAGCCAACAUUCAGUUGGAAAUGCUAUAUGUGGGGCGGAGCAAGCCUAAGGAGAACGUGGUGAAGAACAUCAUGAACAUCAUCCAAGCUGAGAAGCUAAGCCACAUCCUUGACUUGAACCUCAUUUGGUUCUUCUGGAUUCGUCUCGAGAGCAUGUGGCAAUCCAAAGGACAACUUCUAAGUGAGCAAGGCAAAACCCAUUCCCCAACUGAUCCUUUGAAAAGCGAUCCUAUAAUGCAGGGGAUCAUAUCGAUGCUGAGCUUUGGCUCGAGCGACCGCGGAUGGGCAGUGAUCAGCCAAGGCUCCCCAGUCAUGUCCAGGGCAAAUGGAGAGCACAUGUUGAAAAGCUUGGGGGCGUUUAAAGACUGGAAAAAUAGGUCAUCUGAAGUAGGGUUCAUUCCAGCCCUGAAUGAACACCUAGAAGGGGUGCACAGACAAGCUCCACACCACUGCACCAGUCUUAUUUUGCCUGCAACCGGAAUCAUGCCCGAGACGGUGCAGUGCGCUGAGUGCGGCAGACUUAUGGAGAGGUUCUCCAUGUUCCGCUGCUGCCUCGAUUGAGCUUGAGCUCAAAAGGCACCAGUUUGAUUUCUACUUACAUUCGUUUACAUAUUUAUAUGCUGCUGCUACUUACCUUAUUGGUGUGAAUGUAGUGCGUGUUGCUUUACAAUAUUUGUAUCUUCCACUUCAACUUUUAUUUUCGGUUAUCCCACUCCCGUUCUCUCUUUCUGCAUAUCUCCUGUACUCUCACUUGCGUUAAAUCAAAUGAACAGAGCGAUUACCAAAAAAAAUACAAACUUAGGGACUUCAGUGUGCGUAACAUUGAGAUCAUUGGCACUAAGGUCUCACUGAAAUCCGCUAAGAUAUUAAAAAUUUCAUCAUGAGCCCAAUUUGGAGGAAAAAUAUUGGAUCAUGCGAUCUCGUUUCCUGUCCGACCAUUCAAAAUCAACCGGCAUAUCAAAAGCAAAAACACAAGUGGUUAACCUUACAACAAAGAUGAAGGAUUGAUUGAGGUGAGCUCAGAGACAUCCCUUAAUAAUCAGCUUCUGGUUCUACUAAUUACCAGAUCAGAACUACAGCCAAGGGUUUGAUUCAUCGUCACUGCUCAAUUAUUUUCAAAUUUCAUAAAAAAAUUAUUUCAAAAAGUUAACAAAAUAAUAAUAAUAAAUAAAUGUACCAGGAGACAGGUAACACAGUGCAAAAGCAAGAAGCAGACACGGUGCUGUUUAAUACUGGUAAUUCGUAAUUUUAAUCUAUGCUUCGGAAACUAGAACAUCCCCAAUCCAAUCGAAAUUUACAGGGCGUUCACCAUAUGAAGCAACAACCACCACCUCCCCCGACAAAUUAAGCUACAAAAAACAAAAACACCGACAGUGAUUUGUAAGACAAUGUCUCGACUCCGGCCCAAAACCAGACAGCAGUCUACGACCAUUUCGAAAAAUGCGUAGCUGCUUUUUUUGAUGAAUUUGGGAUGGAAAUCGAAGCUGAUUUACGCUUCCGUUGACACGUCCUUCUGGAAUUAUAAACCAGCUGAUGAACGUAACGCCUAUCAGAAGCGACCCACAAACCCUAAACCCUAAUGCAUAAAACCCCUAAUGAAUAUAAACUAAUCGAAAUCGAAAUCGAUAUCGAAGCGCAA